UCUGGGUGAUUAAGGUGGUUUGCUAUUAAGAUCGUCUGCAUCUUACGGAUGUUCUGUCUGCUUAUUGUACGAGUUGCUGAGAGGGAUGUGAAACCCUCCCACUCUGCUUGUGUGUUUGAUUCUCUUUUCAUUUCACUUACAAGUCAUCCUUUGCUUUGUAAGUUUUUCAGCCAAUGGCCAUGGGAAACCUUGGGAGGUCAGAAAGGAAAGAGGGGUGCCCAGAAGUGGGGGACAGGGGACCUGGGUUGGGAAGGACUAGAAACCAGAAGGUCUGUGAAGGUUCCAAAGAGGACCUGUUACUGGGAUGGCUCCUGGGGAGGCACUGGUUGGGGGAGGGGCAUUCUAAACGUAAGGUCACACGGUGUCCACUGUGAUGAACCAGGGGUGAAGGCAGGGUAUUGGUCAAAAGGGAGUAUAAAGCAUCGGGGUUGCUAAGGCAGCAGCCAAACAGGAGAAGGCUUGGAGGAGGACAAAGCCCUCAUCCCCUCUAACUGCUCCUGAGAGUCCGCUUCACCUGAUCCUUGUGUCCUGCUGACUUACUGACCUACUGACCUGUCUGAACUCUCCUCCCCCCCCCCCAGGACUUGAUCUGACCCAGUACUUUCCCUGGCCUGCUUCUUCUUCCCCUCCCAGGUGCCCAACAGCUCCUUUCCUGCCACACCCACACCCCAAUCCCACCCUCAAUCCAACCUCUCCCCCCAACCCCAUCCCAAUCCCUCACCUCAUCACCUCCCUACCCCACCCCUCCCCUCACGCCCUCUGCAUCACUCCCUCCCCACCUCCUUCCUUGAGGACCAGGACAUGGAGGUGCAGAGGUUGGUCUUCUGGCUCCUUUUGCUUGGGUUUCCCGGUUACCCAAACACAAACCUGGUCCAUAUUCCACAUGAACUUUUCCACUUUGGGCUUGAUGUUUUGGGAACCCUGUGGAAGUUGACCAUUAUUAUUGUCUCCUUGGGAAUUUCUGCAUUCAUCAUUUUCCACUGGAAAACUGUCCUUGCUAUAAAGCUUCGAACAUAUCAAGUUAAUUUCCAUCACAGUUCUUAUACGAUGAAGACUUACUUGAAAGAAAAUUCAGAACUGGUCAAAAAAUUAUCUCUUUGUGAACACAAGCUCAAUGAAGAAAAUAAAUUUGCUCAAGAAACUAAGAGGCAGAACAAGAUUCUCGGUGAUGAAGCACGGAAAUUUAAGGAAAACAUCAAAAUGCUGGAAAACAUUAAUGACAUCAUUGAAAGGAUAUUUGCUGAACUGGAAUAUGACAGAGAUAGAAACAACGAGAAUCGGGAUUUGUCAGGAGAUAUGAGUGGAGGAUUCAAGGAUUCGAACCACAAAGCCUCGACAUCUAGUGAAUGUAAUCUGGAAGAAGGGAGAAAGACACUAAAAGAGAACUGUGAGGCUUUGAGAUCUAUUAAAGUGGAAAAGGAAGCUGAAUUAAAAAUGUUGAAGAUGAACAUAGGCGUGACUGAUGAACUCUUUGGACAAAGCAAGAUGGUCAUAGACAAGAAGCUGAGAAUGAAAGAACGUGAGAGGGUGGAAAAGGAGAAGCAGCUCUCAUCAGCAGAAAAGAAGGUGAAAUUGGCUGCAGAAGAAAUGCAGCGCUGCAAGCAACAAACUGAUCAAAUGCGGCAACAGGUGCAGCAAGUAGAGUCCACCUUCAGACACCAGAUCGCUGUGCAUGAGAAGAAUGCUCAAGAUAGUUGGAUCAAGGCUCGGAUUUUGGAGAGGGAGAUAGUGGAGCAAAGCAGGGAAGCCGCUCACUUGAAACACAGAUUGGAGAUAAUGUCCCAAAAGAGGCUUCCUGAGGGAUACAGGCCGUACGAACCAAUGUUGCAAAGACCUGGGCUGCAGAACCCUGCACAGAGAGGACGAUGAUUUUGAAAGAGGAGCCUGAGCCGUGAUAAAAGGCUAUGGCAAUUGAUUAUGGUUUUCCCCACCCAAUCCUGCCUCCUCCACUUUUAUCUUUCCUAUUGUCUCCCCUAAUACACCCGUUAUGGUUCUAACUCAGUGUCAGCGUCUGCUUUUUGGAGGACCAACCGACUCACUCCAGGGAGUGUACACAGUGUGAGUCUUGUACGCGCAGUUCAAAAACAGGCAGAAACCAUGGGAAUGAGGCAGAAGCAAGGUUAUUUUGGGAGGGGUACUGUUGACUGCGAGGGGCCUGAGAAAUCCUUCUGUGGUGGUGGACACAUCCUACAUCUGGAUCUGGCUGUGGUUGUGUUUGUUCAGUCAGUAAAUACUCACAUGGUGCCUGCCAGUCCCAGGGGUGUCUGGUGAUCAGAGAGACAGCUAUCUGUCCCCAGGAAGUGGCCGAUUUCUGAUGGUGGGGAAUAGAUGAGGAACCGGGAGUGGCUCCGGGAGACCAGUGAAGAGGCCCUGCGGUAAUCCAGGUUUUGAGCCCUUCACUCAACUUGCCAGCUGCCCCCCAAUAGCACCAAGUCCAGGAGGCUUUGUGGGGAAUUGAUGGAAGCAGAAUUUUUUGUAAGUCCCAUGAGGUCCCAUAAUCCUCCCAUGAUUUCCUUACUGAGGGAUGGGCAGGGCAGAGAUCAAUGGCAUGGGAUCCCCCACAUACCCCAAGGAGAAGGGGCUGGGGUGGAAACAGCUGGCUCCCUCCAGGUCCCCCAAUCCAAUCCAUUCUGCCCCCGCAGCCCCUGGAGGCUGAAGGGCCCUCCCUCCUUCCAAGCAGGAGUAAGUGGCCAGCCCUUCAUCAGUUCUGGGGUUGAGACCAGACCAAAAGGUCAAGGUCUGACUGUGCACAUGCUGCCCAGGAGUGGCUGGGAACAACGGCACAGCAGUAAAUCUCAGCAUGAACAGACUCGGUAAACUAGAUUCUCAUUCACUGUGAGCAGAGCCUGGGCCAAAACAUGGCAGGGAGGGUGUGGAGGUGAGGGUGGUGGUGUCUGUGGUCCUGGACAGGACUGCAGUGGAGCAGAGGGUGUGAGGGCCUGGGGAGAGAGACAAGAAAGAGACAGGCAGGGGGAGAGUGAGUGAUGUCGGGGGCGGGGGGUGGUUAAGUCCUAGAGAGUGACAGGGAGUCAGAAGGAAACAGGACUAGAGAGAAGCAGAGACAAGAGGAAGCAAGGAGGAAGAGGGGGAGCUGGGCUAGGGUGGGAGGCUGGAGUGGCUCUGUGAAGGGGCCCAGAGAGAAGCCGGCAGAAAGUUAAGAAUCUUGGGCUUCGGGGUUCCCUGAGCUCCAAGGCUCCCACCUCCCUGGGGCCGAGCUCUGCAGGGGCCAUCACACUUGGGAAGAUGGGUACUUGCCAUUAUUCCUGGGCUCACUGCAUUUAGCCUCUGGGUCAAUCACUUAUAGGGUUGACUUUCAGGAGAAUGUGCCGCCGCUUGGCGGUAAACUCCAGAGCCUGCCCUGUGGGGAGCUGACCCUGAGCAGUCUUCCUCACAGCUCCUGAGCUCGUACUGCGUUUCCACCCACCCCAGCCGCAGCUGCAUUAUGUUCUAAAACCAGGUACCGGGCACUGUGCUGCCUCCAAGGUCCCAUGCCUGAUACUGACAGAGAUGGGAUUGAAUCCCAUCCAGGGUGGUCAGGCGUCAAGGACACUUUAUCUCCUCCUACUGUCAGUCAGAAAUGCUUCCCACCCUAAUGAGUUGGGACCAAGGCUCUGAUUAAUAUUAGGGAAAAUGUAUUGAGGUUUCCCUCUGAGCAGUAUAAUGUGCCCAGAGAAAAAAAUCUUCAUGUGUGUUAUCGUAUUUACCCAGCACUCCCCAUAUCCCAUUUUAGGGAUGAGGAGCCAGAGGAAGAGAAUUGCUCAAGGUCUCAUAGGUGGCGAGUGCUGUAACUGGACCUUGCAGAAGGUCUGCCUUGCACAGUGGUUCCACCCUGGCCCCCCUUCGAGGCCUGCUCUCUGAGGUGCUGAGGAAGCCUGUGGUUGACUGCGUCUUGGGAAAUUUCUCUUAUAACGGCAUUAAGUCAUGCAUCAGUCAGGACAAAGAAGGUUACGUCUGUGAAUGAGUGAUCCAGACUCUCAGUGGCUUACCACAGCGAAGGUUUAUAUCUCACACACCACAUGUCCACAGCAGGUCAACGGUGGCUCUGCUCCACAUCCUCUUCCUUGGGGGACUCAGGCUAACGGAUUAGUGUCCAUUUGGAACCCCGACAGUCCUGUGA